AUGAAGCCAACUCAGCCAGGCAUCGAAGAUCUAGCAGACGAAUUGAUCCUUGAGAUCCUCAACUUCCUCCUCGGCGCAGACCAACUGUCCAACGUCCCGUCUCCUGUCAAUCUGCCUGAUCGCUCCACCGGGCUUGAUGAUCGGCCGCCUCAUGUUCGCAGCGAGAGCACCGAUUUAGACCAAUUUCGACUCGUUUGCAAGCGAUUCGCGCGGAUUGGCACACCUAGGAAGUUUACUCGCUUCAACCUCCGGUUUGGGCACAGAGACUUCCAGAGGCUGGGAGAGCUUAUACACAACCAGCUGGCCUGUCAUGUGAAGAAUUUCACAUACAUGGUGCGGCCCUUCUACCAAGGAAGCGGCUGGCCGCAAUUUCUUAACGACGUCGAUCCGACAACGUUCCCGAAGAGUAAGGAUCGACUGCAAGACCAGACUCGCAUAAUUGAGAAAAACUACGACCAACAGAUGCUUCUCAAGGCAAUAGGGGCAUUCUCAUCCCUCGAACAGGUCAAGCUCCUUCGACUUCAGGACGAAGAAGAUGAACGAUUGCUGGACCAGAUACAUGAAUUCUCGCUGGAAGAAUCGCUGACGCUGGAUUGGGAGCCCGCCUGUGCGCGAGCAGUCGCCAACUUGGGGAUAUCUCUUCUUUCAUCGAACUGUACUUCUAUCGAGUUCGUAGGGUCACAAAUCAGCCCCGAGGCGACAGGGAGGUUAGUGCAGACCCCAUCCGCCACGCUCUCCAAUUUAGGGGCCAGACUGGUGGGCCUUGACGUUACUCUUCACUCGAACUUCGAUCUAACAAGCCACAUGGACGGCCUCUCGGACGUCUUCCACGACUUCUUCCUCGCCGCGAAGAACCUCAAGACUAUUAACCUGCGGUUCGAGACCCCUGUUCCCCUAGAUCUCCCGCUAGACCGGAUAUUUCAUCGCACACAGUGGAAAGAACUUCGCACGUUCGGUAUUCAAGGUUGGCUUUCAAGCUCCGAAGAGAUCAUUAACCUCAUUCGCCGCCACCGCCGGCCGCUCCGCGAAAUUAGCCUCGUCAACAUCUAUCUCCGCGACGGAAGCUUUUGGCGUGACGUGCUGUCUGUUCUACACGACGAAAUGGAUACGAUAGAACACAUUCUCCUAGAUGGAAUAAACUACGCUAGUCAGCUAGACGGUUCAUCUUCUAAUGCAACCAAUGGCCAUGGCAACAGUCAUGUCAUUGACAUUGGAAACGCAAACGGGAACGGCCAUGGUAGCGGAUCAGCAGGGGUUCAUCAGCCUCCCCUUCCGCUGUCCGUCAUUGUCAACGAUAACACUCCGUCUAAUAUGGCAAAUCGCGGGUAUACACGCAGCCCAUCCGCUUAUGGCCUGCAAGCCCUGAGAAAAAGUUCUGCAGACAUGCUGGGCGACAAUGGGAUCAGUGUUGGGCCAAAGCAAAGGUCCUUCUGGGAGGCGUGGGUGUUGGCGAGUCCGCGCAACGUUGCUCGGAAACGAGUCUGGUUGGGCUAA